GGGGAGAACUCCAGAUUGUGCAUCUUGGGGUGUGGAGUGUAAAGCUGAGCCUGGGAAAAGUGUGUGUCAGCAAACUUCAGUUCUGUUUUUCUGUUCCCUGUGGCUGACCCUGUGGAGAAGAGCAAUUAGGGGGAAGUCAUCUGUCAUACCAUGGGGGGUUGAUGCCAGUACCCAAAACUGGUGCUAUUCCCAUCACCCUGCUUUUAUUUUAUGAAGAAAUCAGUGUGAUUGCUUGAGUGUUAGAGUGAGGUGAAUCUGACCAGUGUGGAUCUUGAGUAUGUGAACAAGGGUCCUUGGAGACCGGGGGUUGCACGUCUCAUCUUGGUAUAGUAAGAUUUGCUGUGAUGCAGAACACCCACUUGAGAUUUUUGAGGGAUCUUGGCUUGUUCUGUACCUUUUUGCAUUAUAACUGCAUUCCAGCAUCUGGGUGGGAGGUUGCUGGGGUGCAGGGCCUGGUUAUGGGUGAUCCAUUUGGGCUCAUCAGAGUGUUCAAAACAAAACCAAGAGAGGUGAGGUCGUCACAACUGAGUGGUCAUGUACAGGGCUUGUCACCCAGCAUGGCACAGCAGGACCUACCAGAGCCACCACACAGGAGACUGGCUAGGGACUGUGCCAGCCCCAGCAGUGGUCCUUGUGUGGGAGAAGAUGGUCUAGGAAGGAGGAAAAGCUUUGGACUUCUCCCCCAGAGACCCCUGCAGAGCAGCUCAAUCUGCUGCAUGAGCCCAAGGAGUUCUGGAGCACGUUCUGGGCUCCUGUGGAUCACAAAGGGCCGCCAAUGUGCUUUCCACCAUCUUGGCUCCACCUUUACUAUCCUCAAGAGCAUUAGAGAGUAAUGGCUGGGUAGCCCCUCCACCAGGAAAUCUUCAUCCUAAUUAGAACACAAGUGGAAUCUACUGCAGAAGCUGAAGACACUGUGGAGGCAAUGCAGGACAACCCAUCUCCAAAGGAUGUGUCAGCAUCUUCCCACAUGGGGGAAGUCUUUGCCCUCAUUGCACGUCUGGCAUUUUUCUGGUCUUACUUAGGAAAUAUUUUGAUGGUUUACUGAAAAAUCUCCUGUCUGUGGGAGAACAACGCAUGCGCAUCCUAGAGGCUGAUCUGGAUUUCAGUAUCUGGAAACACCUUCUCUGUUUUAUCCGGCAUCCUUGGGGUUCCAAGAUACCCAAGAUGUCACUGCUGCUGGCUCUUCAGCGGCAGUUCCCAGCAGAUGGGAUAUCCUGAGAGAUAUCUUGGGAAGUUUGAAGUACGAAACAAGCCUCAUUUUUGCCUUAUAAAAUGCAAGCAAAUCUGCUGCAAGCCAGCUGUUUCCUGAGUCAAUGAAAUAUGUGUGGUUUGGGGAGAAAAACUUCUAGAACAACUUAGGAUCCACAGGGCUCGAGUCCAGCUCCUGGCCCUGCACAGGACACCCCAACAAUCCCACCCUGUGCCCGAGGGCGUUGUCCAAACACUCCUUGAGAUCUGAUAGGUUUGGGGCCGUGACCGCUGCCCUGGAGACCCUGUUCAGUGCCCGACCACCCUCUGGGGGAAGAAUUUUUCCCUGAUAUCCAGCCUAAACUUCCCCUGGCACAGCUCCACGACGUUUCCUCCCCCCCUCCCGUCCCCCCGCCGGGGUUUCCCGCCCCUGUCGCCUCUCAGGCUCCUCCCGCCUCGCCUCAGGGCUGUUCCACUUCCCCUCAGGGCUGUUCCGCCUCCCCUCAGGGCUGUCCCGCCGCGAUGUUCCGAGGCCGCCGCGCCUGGUUCUCGCAGAGCGUCAGCCCCGGCCCGCGGGGGCUCUGGGUGGCCGGCGGAGGGGCACUGACCGACUGGCUGGAUGCCGAGUACCUCUUCAGCAGCGAUGCCACCCACCCCGACACCCGCAGCAUACACGAGAGCCUCAGAUACUUGGAGGGCAGAGCCACAGUCUUUCACUCCCGUUACCUCUCGGCAUGUGAGCGCGCUGGUGCCACGGAGAAGCCUUCAGUGGUUCUGGGCCACUUCGUCCUGCCCCCUGCCUGCCUGCAAGAAGAAAUCAGAAGGAAAAUCGGCUGUUUUAUUUGGGAGCAGGUGGAUGUCCUUGAAGAAAAGCCCAAUGGAAAUCCAGCAGAGGAAGCUGAGGCAGUAAGAAAUGACUGUGAGGAAGAAUCUGAGGGGGGAGCGCUAGACCUGGACAAGAGCGAAGAAACAAGCUCUGAGGCACCUUCCCAGGGGGAAUUUCCAUACCGUGCCCUCCAGAAAUACCCAAUGAAUAACAUGGUGACAGGCUACACCUCCUCCCGGGACAUGAAGAAAUAUGAAGGGGAGCUCCAUGACUUCAUCCCCGGCACGUCAGGCUACACGGCCUACUGGGUUCAAACCAAAAUUAGCAUCUACUGUGAGAGGAAGACCAAAAUGAAGAGGAAAUUGUAAUGCAUAGGUGGCUGGAGCAGCAAAACCUUCCCAAUUUAAGAGCUGCCAGAGAGGAUUUACAAAUUAUUCGACUGCAGCUCAACAUGUUCAAUGUGUAUUUAAACACUUGCUAAAUUUACUGCAAAUAUUUUAAGUAACUACCUAAAUUUCACAACAAACACAAAUACAGACAUUUCUCUCCA